AUGGGCUGUCAUAUCGCUCUGCUGCUCUUUGCUGGCUCUAUUGCCUUCGCAACAGGCGGCGAAGAGCGUCUCGUGUUCCUCCCAGAAGCUGCCGGACAGCUGAGCCGCGUCGGACUUUCACCCUCCCUUCGCUCCGUCGACGUUGAGCUCAUGGUUGCUCAGCAAGAGGCUCGUCGUCUGAACGAUGAAGGAGUAAUGAUGAUGAGCUCUCUACAGUAUGACCGAGCAGAACAUUUGCUGAGGCGAGCGAUUGAUAUCCAUCCUUCGUACCCUCCUGCACUCUGCAACUUCGGAAGGCUCCUGGCGCGAAUGGGGAGAGACAUGCAGGCAGCAAGUGAGAUGAUGAGGAAAGCCCAUCUCUUGCUUCCUUCCAACGCAGAGAUCAGCUCGGCCUAUGCUCGUUUGCUGGACGAGGAGCUUUCUGACUUUCGAGCUGCUUCCAAGGUGUACGAGGAAGCGUUGUCAAUGCAACCCAGUCACCAUCACCUCCUCCAUAACUUCGCUGAGAUGCUGCGAGGACGUCAGAUAGACGACUCUCGAGCACAGGAGCUCUACAAGCAGGUGCUCAAGGCUCGCCCUGACUUCUCCGCCUCCUCCAUCGGCCUCUCCCUCCUCCUCCUCCGAAGCGGGAAACUCAAUGAGGCGCUUCAGGUGCUGCAGGAAGCUCUCGUCCUAGACCCCAAAAGCGUCUCGUUGCUCAACCAGCAAGGCCUCGUCCUCUUCGAGGCCCAUCAGAUGAACGAGGCUGACCGAACGUUUCGAAGCGUGAGGAGCUGA